CUCCCCCGUUUACAUGUCUGGAGUGUAAUACUUUCUCACUGCGCAACAAGCACCUUUUUAGUUGCACCUUUUAAAUGCAGUGAUGAAUCCCUCACUAAUUUUGGGGAAACAAAUAAGACACUUACAGGAUUAUUAUCAUUCAUGCAUCAUUCAUGAACUCUUAAGUUUACUGUCCUUUAUUUUAAACCUUAAACACAGCACAGUGCAAUGUAUAAUUCAAAAUACAGGUAAAACCUGUGGAGUAUCCUGCACAUUAACAAAGUGCAAUUGUGCCCUAUCUGUAGAGUGAAAGAUUGAAAGAAAAGAUACAGAAAAAUUGUGAUCCACUGAUAAUUGUGUUAAAGUUUUCUGCUAGUAAGAACAGUAAAGCUAGAGAAGGUUUUGUCAUAUGCCUAUGUGGUCACAGCUAGAGCGCUUUCGGUGAAGGGUGGUCAGAUCCUGUUGUGUUGGGGGAGGAUUACACGCUAGAUUGAUGUCUCACUUCUGUCCUGUCUAGCAGUCUGUUUUCAGAUGUUAUAAUAGUACAGUGCUUAAAGAAAAUGGGUCAUGUCGUAAUUUUGUUCUGCUUGUGUUUGUGCAAACUGGCUGGUGUGUUUGCUGAUAUAGAUGAAGUGGAGUCAGUAUCAGUGCUGGAGGGAGAUUCAGUCGCUCUAAACUCUUAUGUUACUGAAAUGAUGGAUGAUGAACUGAUUCUGUGGCGGUUUGAAUGUAAGAUUUUAAUAGCUCAAAUCGAUGUAAUAGCAGACAGCAUGACUGUAUAUGAUGAUGUUCUUGAUGAGAGAUUCAGAGACAGACUGAAGCUGGACGAUCAAACUGGAUCUCUGACCAUCACAAACACCAGAACUGAACACACUGGACUCUAUCAACUACAGACCAACAGUGUGAGAAAGAGAUUCAGUCUCACUGUCUAUGCUCGUCUGCCUGUUCUUGUCAUCAGCAGUACCUCUUCACAAUGUUCUUCAUCGUCAUCAGGAUCAUCAUAUUGUUCAUUGUUGUGUUCAGUGGUGAAUGUGAGUCAUGUGACUCUCUCCUGGUACAAAGGAAACAGUUUAUUGUCCAGCAUCAGUGUGUCUGAUCUCAGCAUCAGUCUCUCUCUACCUCUGGAGGUGGAAUAUCAGGAUAAAAACACCUACAGCUGUGUGCUCAACAAUCCCAUCAGCAACCAGACUCAACAUCUGGACAUCAGUCAACUCUGUCACACAUGUUCAGGUUCUGUAUCUCUGAUAGCGCUGAUCUCUGUUGCUGCUGUUGCUGGAUCUCUGUUGAUUGUGGCUGCAUUUGGGAUAUUUCUCAUGUGCAGGAAAUGUAGAAAAACUGAUCAAAAAGUUCAGACUCCUGAAGAGAUCACUUACACUGAGCCAACAUUCAGCAACAGAAAAGUGCAUAAAACAGUAAGAUUUAUUCUAAAGAAUGUUAAAGAGGAAGCUCAAGUAGAGUAUGCACCGAUCACCAUGAGAAGUUAAAAUAUACCAGACCUGCAAAAUCCUGUGACAACCAUCACAACUCCUGCUGACAACAAGGUCUUUAAAACUUGUAGAUGAGUUUUGGGAUUGUUGACAAUCACUACAUAUGUAGUAGCCACUUACCUAAAGUCCUGUUCACACCAGCAGUGACUAAAACCACCUUUCCUUUCUCUGACAAAUGACGGACCUGUAUGCAGAAUAUGCAGAAUUUUUGGACCUGUUUUGAGCUUUGAAAUAUUUACUGAGUUCUGUGAAUUCAGACAUAUUUCUUUUGUCACAUAGCACGGAAGUACGUGAUUUUAGACACAGCCAUUCAGUUCCACAAAUCCAUGUUUUUAUACCAGUAAAAAGUCUCCUCUUCUACAUUUACAUUUAUGCAUUUAGCAGACGCUUUUAUCCAAAGCGACUUACAUUGCAUUCAAGUUACAGUUUUUACAUUUGAUCAGCUCUUGCUUUCCCUGGGAAUCGAACCCAUGAUCUUGGCGUUGCUAGCGCCAUGCUCUACUAUUUGAGCUACAGGAAAGCCUAAUUUCUUCUUCUAGCCUAAUUUUAAUGUACUAUUGUGUCAUGUUUAUCAAAAUAAAAUAUAUUAUAGAGAAAAUUCAUUGGUAUUUAAAUAGUAUAGACUUAUGCUGAACUCUAUUCUUGACCAAACAGAGGUUGCAUUAAGCAGUAGGAGUACUGAAUUCAGGGCCAUCCCUGGCUGACGCGGGGCCCGGUGCGAGAUUUCUUUUUGACCUGACGGUGGCUGCGGGGUUGCCUUCACUGGUGGAUUGCAGUGGUGUGGUGGUUUGGUCACCUUAUUUUUCUUUCCUUUUAGGCCUGCAGUGUGAUUAGUCGUGAGCUUGUUUGCAGUGGGAGCAUAUUUGUUUGUAUGCCCUUCUUGCCUUCACAACCUAGUUUGUCUGCCUGUUCCUGUCAUUACCAGAGAUUUUUCUCAAAAUCUUUCAUCAUCAUCACAGCAGAAUUGUUCAUUGUUGUGUUCAGUGGUGAAUGUGAGUCAUGUGACUCUCUCCUGGUACAAAGGAAACAGUUUAUUGUCCAGCAUCAGUGUGUCUGAUCUCAGCAUCAGUCUCUCUCUACCUCUGGAGGUGGAAUAUCAGGAUAAAAACACCUACAGCUGUGUGCUCAACAAUCCCAUCAGCAGACUGCACAAAAACAGCAUCCAUGGGAGAGUUCCAAGGCAAAAGCCACUGCUGACCAAAAAGAACACAAAGGCUCGUCUCACAUUUGCCAACAAAAAUACAAUAUCUUGAUUAUCCCCAAGACUUUUGGGCAAAUUUUCUGUGGACUGAUGAGACAAAAGUUUAACUUUUUGGAAGGUGUGUGUCCCGUUACAUCUGGCGUAAAACCAACACAGCAUUUCAUAAAAAGAACAUCAUAACAACAGUCAAACAUGGUGGUGGUAGUGUGAUGGUCUGAGGCUGCUUUGCAGCUUCAGAACCUGGAUGACUUCCAUAAUUGAUGGAACCAUGAAUUCUGCUCUCUAUCAGAAAAUCCUGAAGGAGAAUGUCCGGCCAUCAGUUUGUGACCUCAAGCUGAAGUAUAAAAAAAAUUAUAACGUUGUCACGGAUUCACCUGCCUCACCAGCUGUAUCACCUCAUACUUCCGUUCACCAUCGGUAAUCACUCUCACCUGAUCGCCAUCAAGGAAUCCUCUGCACCUGUUGCUACCAAUCAAGCUCCCUAUAUAACUUCACUCAAUCCAUUCCCUCACUGUCUGGUCAUGAGAUAGCAAGCUAUUUGCCGUUCUGCUGGUGAAGUGUCGCGCCCCGCCCCGCAGUUCGAAGAAUGAAACAAAGACUUGGAGUUUUGAUUCUAGAAAAAUUAGAUUUUAUUCGGCCGAUAUAAAACCGAAGCUCUCUCUUCAGAAAAGCUUCUCGACUGUUCUUUGUCUCUGGUUUAUAUACAUUUCCUGAACAAUUUGGUUUCAUUGUAAUAAGGUUAAUGAUCUUUGAAAAACCAUGAUUAUGAACAUAAAAUUACUUUGUCUUGAGCUGAUCAGCCAAUUGUGGUAGUGUUCGGUGAUAGGUGUUUAUAUUUGUUCAAGCUUGACAAUCUUAUCGCCUUUUAUUUUCUAAUAUAUAUUUCUCAUUACAGAUAAGAACAAAGAUCAAAUUGUAAGAAGGGUUGCUUAUAAGAGAGCAUACAGUACAUCUGAAACCGCUGAGGCUGGGAAAGUUUUUGGCUAUAUUACUGACCAUGUACAUUGUACUCAGCAUACUGUCAUUCUUAAAAAUAAAACUAUUAACAUUUGUUGUUUUUCUGAUCAGCUGCUAUAGAAGACAAACUGAAAUCUGAGUGCAGAGACGGGAAUAGUAAGUAUAUUUAAAUGUCUCCUCUGUUAUAGAGAUUUUUGAAUCUGGCCUAAUGGAGGGUGAUUCGGUCAAUCUUGGAAGAAAAACGUUAGCAAUGUGUCCAUUAGCAAUUUGUACUUCCUUUCAGUCAUUCAUUCUGUUAUUUAUUUAUUUUAAUUUUUUUUGGAUGACUAACUUAUUUUAUUAGAUUUUUCAAUUGUGGGAACAGAGGUGAAGAGAGUGUAUGUUAGCAUUACCACAACAGACAUAUUUAUGUGAAAUAUCCUACCUAAAGACAAAGAUAAACAAUAAAUAUAGUUACAAGCAGCAAUUGAGGGGCCAAGCACUACAGAAGCAAGCCUCAGAGUCAUUAACACAUCAUGCCAUCAAAUUUGUUGAGAUGGUAUAUGAAAAUGGUUUCGUCUAUCGACACAAAAUCCAGAAGUUUGCCAGCAUAGUUUAAAGAUGAUCUGAUUCGAGUUUUGUGAAAAUCAGACCAAAUGUCUAGGAGGAGUUUAAAAAAAGUCAAUAUGGCAGACAGGAAGCUUGACCAACCAUGGCAAUAUUGCUGUUUAUGUUCUUGGUGUGACCCAAUGAAUCUACUGAGACCAGUUUCAUGACAACAUCCAAAAUGAAUAAAAUACUAUUGGCAUUUUUUUAAAUGUCGUUAUAACUUUUGACCACAAGGCUGUCUCAAAACAUUUUGACAUUCGGGACAUGGUGCAGAUGGCACGUACAGUUUUGCAAUAGUACACAAUGCAUUUGUAAAAUAUUGUAUUUUAUGUCAUAAUAUUGUAUUGUAGUUAAUAGCAAUUUCAUGUUUUGUUCAAUUAUAGCGCCACCUAGAGGCCCAAUCCCACAACUUUUUUUUAUGUGUCCUCAAAGUGUGCCCAUACAUAUGUGUGCCGAAUUUGGUGAAAAUAUCUCAUUUUGUUUUGGAGUUAUAGACAUAUCUAUGUGAACAUAAAAAAAAAAUAAAUAAAAAAAAA